AGCAAUUUUCACUCAACUUUCAGCAGUAGCACAUAGCGCUGUUCAAGCGUGCUGAAGCCACGCGAAAUGCCGCCAUCGAAACGCACAGACAGUCCAGCGCCCAAAGCCUCGAGCAGGCAGGCCGAGUCCCCGGGCUCCAAGAGUGUUGCAGUCACUCGGAAGCAGACUCGUCCUAUGGGUGAAUUCUAUGGGAACAUCGGGACUGGCUUUUGGACUUUCUUCAUUCCUGUUGCCAUCUACUACUUCUACGGAAUCUUGGUGAUGCAUCAGGGACGCCUUGUCAUUCCGGGACCCUCGUUCUGGAACGAUCUCAUUUGGAAAUUGCCAGAUGGGAUUUCAAUCCGUCCUUGCUGGGGUCCCACUUUGGUCUCUUUGACGUGGGUGGCCUGUCAAGCCAUGGGUGAGAUUGUUCUGCCUGGCAAGCUGAAGGAGGGUGUGAUGCUUAAGAACGGCCGCAAGCUGAUCUACCCCAUGAACGGCUUGCUUUGCUUCUUCUUGAGCCAUAUCGGCCUGUACUUGUGCUGCAAGUAUGAGGUCAUCACGCCCUACUACGUCUUCGAGAACAUGGGAGCAUUGCUGACUGAGGCUGUCAUCACGAGCUAUGUUAUGGCCUUGUGGUUGUAUGUGGACUUCGGCAUUUUCUGGAAUCGCCAUGUGAAUGAUCCUGAAUUUGAAGAGGAUCAUGGUGUUUUCAACUAUGCGGACUUCUUCAAUGACUACUUUAUGGGUGUAGUGCGCAACCCUCGGCUGUUUCAUGGUAUUUUGAAGGUGCCAUUUGACCUCAAACGAUUUUGGAACGCCCGUCCUGGGUUGACUGGGUGGGUGAUCCUGAACAUCUCGUACCUUGCUAGCACAUACUACAACUGCAAGCUCCCUUCAGCCUAUGGACCUGGCGACUCUCUAUUCUUCGGAGAUCAUGAGGCGAAGUCGCAGCAAAUUGGUAAGAUGUUUACCAACGCAGAUUCCUUCUGUGAUGCUGAAGGCUCUUUCUCCAACAUCGGGCCGGCAGCAGUGUUCAUUACUUUUGCGCAUUGGUAUUAUAUUUUUGACUACAACUUAGUCGAGCCAGCAUACCUGACGACCACAGACAUUCGUCAUGAUCUCUUUGGCUUCAUGCUGACUUAUGGAGAUUGGGGCUUUCUUAGCCGCUACUACCCGAUUUCAUUCAUGGGGUUUCUGGCAGUGCAAGGAGGCGCAAGCAACGGGUUCAUCACAAAGAAUUACAUGUUUGCCCUCAUUGGCAUUCUGAUGUAUGUUUUUGGCAUGAUCCUUUUCCGCAUCACCAACAUCGAGAAGCACCUCUUCCGCGAUCACAUGAACAAUGGUGGCACAGUCGACAAGUACAGAUCACCAUGGAGCACUCGCAUCAUAUUCGGAGACAAAAAGGUGGAGUUCAUCAAGACCAAGGAGGGGUCAAUGCUGCUCACAUCAGGUUAUUGGGGCUUGGCUCGUCACUUCAACUACAUUGGGGAUUUGACGAUGUGCAUCGGGUGGGCAGUGGCAUGCUAUGAUCCCAGCUCUCCGUUUCCUUGGCUCCCGAUUUCUUAUUGCAUCUACUUUUGGCUCAUGGACUGCCAUCGAUGCUGGCGUGACGAAGUCAGGUGCUCCAAGAAAUACGGUGCCGACUGGGAUCGCUACAAGCAGGCUGUGCCGUACUACAUUUUCCCAGGCAUUUGGUGAACUUGCCAUGUUGAUGUGGGACAGUCAACAAGACUCUGUCAGUGAAUGGCCAUAAGGUGCCAUGGUUUUUGGCGUAUCAAUAGCAGGUUUUGCAAUCUGCACGCCCCUUUUCUUGCCGUGGGAGAAGAUGACCAGAAACAGCAGAGAGAC